AUGGAAUAUAAAGAAAAGCCUGAAGGACCUUUCUUUGUGUCUUUUUAUGUUACCAAUUUUAAUUCUUCUGACCAGUCUUUUUCGUACAAGAUAAAUAUAGUAGACUUUUAUAAUAACCUAUAUGAAUCUAAUAUCAUAAGCCAAAAUAAUUUUAAACAAAUUAAUUUUUCCAAUAAUUAUAUACAAUUAAAUGAAGAAAUUUUCGUAAAGACCAAUAUAAGUGAUGAUAACAAUUUUGUGUUGAUAGGAUAUGAGAAUAUCAAAGCUUUCUCAUUUUUACAUGAACAGUUAAUAAUUUCAAAGAAUAUUAUAAUAACAUAUAAAUAUGUAGAUCAAAAAGAAAAUGUAGUUAAUAAAAAUAUCGAUAAUGAAAAGAACAAAAAAACAAAAGAUAAUGAAAAAGAAGGAAAAAAUAAAAAGAAAAAGGAAAAGAAUAAAAAUAAUACCAAGAAUGAAAUGGAAAUAUUAGAAAAUUCGAUAAAAAAGGAUAUCGACAUAAAUUUUAAUAUUACCCUAAAUAUAAAUUCACUGGUUGGACACUACUGCGAUAGGCUUAAUUAUAACAUUAUGAAUGUUAAGAUUGAUGGGAUCUAUAAUAUAUCUUCAUCAAUAGAAGAAAUUGUCCCAAAACGAAACUCGCUAAAUUUUCAAAUGAAAUUAUUAGACAUCUCUUUAUACAAUGGAAUUCCCAUAGAAGAUAAGGAAAACAAGAAAUAUAAUAUUACGUGGAAUAAUAAUAAUAUAUACAAAUAUAGAAAUAUAAAGGAAAUCGAAUAUAUCUACAAAUAUCUAUUUUAUGAAUCCUUCAACGUAAAUGGAUGGAUAAUUUGUUUUAAUGAAAAUAAAAAACCAAAAGAUAAUGUAACCCCCAAUAUAGUAGAUACUCUAUGUGCAACCUUUGAAGUUAAUAUAUCUGAUGUAAUAUUAAACAAAGUCGUUAAUGCAAAGUACAAACUUCAUCAUAUAAAACAUUUAAAAAAGGACAUAAAAAAUGUAAAACAAAGUGGCAAUCAAUGUUUAGAUAUUUUUACAAAUUCGUAUAUACAGCUAACCAUACAAUUUUAUAAACCCUUCUUACAAAGAAAAAUGGUGGAAAGUCCUUUUUCAGUUCAUACUGUACGUCCAAAUUUAAAAAAAGAAAUUCAAAUAGAAAAUGAUAAAAAGCAAAAAGAGAACAUCAGUAAUUUGUUUAAUAGAUCAGUUAUGGAAGGAAUAAAAUUUGUGAACGACGAAAUAAAACAAUUAAGAAAGGAAGAACAAAUUAAAAUUUAUCAAAGGUCAAAAGAAUAUUUUUCCUUUUUAAACAACUUGAAGGAGAACCCUACGUACAUAAACUUAUACAAUAAUAUGAAAGACGUUAUGAUUAAAGUAACUUAUGAUAUAAUUAAUAAAAAAAUUUAUAAACAUUUUAAUAUAAGUGAGGAGCUUUGCAUGGACCCAUCUAGUGAUAAUGACGAUAUGUUGGAUAAGGAUAAAAUAAAAAAAGAAAAAUCAAAUUUUAUCUCUGAAGAAAAUAUUAAUUGCAUUUUUGUCUAUCUGUUCAAUUUUAUGUAUGAAUCAUCUAAUGUCAUAAUAAAUAAUUAUUUUGAAAAAGAAGAUAAUAUAUAUAAAGAAUCAAUAAAUGACAUUAAAAAAUAUAAUAACAUAAAUAAUCUAGAAUAUUAUUUAUAUAAUAUUAUUAUAGAAAAUGUACAUUUAUUAAAAUAUGAAAGAAAUAUUCCUUUUAUCCAAGCAAUAAUAUUAAUACUUUAUAAAAAGAUAAAUAAUGUAUACGAACGUAAUAUAAAAGAAAAAAAUAUAAACGAUAUAUUUAUACAAAAAGGUGAUAAUCAUAUUAUUAAUAUAAUCGAAAAUUAUACAGGUUAUGAUAAUAAUACUGUAGAAGAUAAUUAUAUAUACAAGAAAACAAAAAUAAAUGAAAAAAAAAAUGUAUAUUCUAAUAAUCCAGAAAAUAAUAUAACAUCAUUAAUAAAUCAUAUUUGUACGGGUAAUCAAAGUAAUUUCAAUUCUUAUCUUUUUGAUUAUAUUGAACACUUUGAAGAUAUUAUAUUAUAUAAACAUCUAAUAAAAGAAGAUGAAGAAAUAUUUAAAAGAAAUGAUCACCAGGAAGAUAUCUUAUCCGUUUUAAAUAUGGAGGAAAAUAAAAAUAUAAAAAUUAUGUUUACAGAUAUUAUUUAUAUGUAUUCUAAAGUUAUGUUAUUAAAAAAUAACAUUAUCAACCUUAAAUAUGAUAAGGAAAGGCAGAUUCGAAAAUAUAGGGAAGAAAAUGAAGGGAAGAAAAAAAAUGAAGAAAAUGAAAAAAAUGAAGACAAUAAAAAAAAUGAAGACAAUAAAAAAAAUGAAGAAAAUGAGAAAAAUGAAGAAAAUAAAGAAAAUGAGAAAAAUGAAGAAAAUGAAGACAAUAAAAAAAAUGAAGAAAAUGAAGAAAAUAAAGAAAAUGAGAAAAAUGAAGAAAACACUUAUUAUGAUGAUAAUCAUAAUUAUAAUUUUCAGGAUAAUUUCGACUAUUAUGAUACUUAUAUUAAUACAAAUAUUGUAGACACUUCAAUUUCUUGUUUGUGCACGUAUAUAGAACUAACCAACAGU